UUCCGCGACGACACCGUUGGAUAUUCAAUUUAAGAGUUUUUACACUAUCAUCAUCAUCAUCAUCAUCAUUAGCAUCAUCGUAGAGAAAGGUGGCGGAAGGGACGUCAUGCGUAAAAAUGCGUGUCCAUUCCUCGUGGUGCAUGUGUCCAAUCUGCACUCAUGUGUCCAGCGAAGAAAAACAUAGCAAAUGCAGAAUAAUUUCUUACUCCUCUUCCUGAACAAGUUAUAAACAACCACGUUGAUGAAUUGUAUAGCAAUGGAAAGUGAGGAGAGUUCGGUCUCUGGCCAAGCCAAGGCGACCCUCUGCACAGAAUCACGGGUGUUGGACUUUCCUGGCAAUCCGUAUUCCGUGUCGGUCCUUAAAGUGGGCUACUGUGUGUCGCAGCCGGACGGAUAUUUUCGGGCCGACGGUACCGUUACCCUGGUAACGGGGCCCAGGACUAUUCUGGUUGACACGGGGGGUCCGUGGGACCGAGACCUUCUGCUUACGACGCUGAGGGAGAGGGGUCUGGAGACGGGAGACGUGGAUUGGGUCGUGGGAACGCACGGACACUCGGACCACAUAGGGAACUUGGGUCUUUUUCAAAAGUCCAUGAUAGUUGUGGGGUGCGAUAUUAGUGAGGGAGACAGAUACACCCCAAAUCAACUGGCGGAGGGGAAACCUUACCACAUUGACGAACAUGUGUCAAUCGUGCCCACGCCGGGACACACGGGACACGACGUCAGUUUGGAAGUGAGGGGAACCUCCACAGGAAUAGUGUUGGUGGCUGGGGACUUGUUUGAAUGCUGCGGGGACCGGGAGAGCUGGCAGGCGUUGAGUGAAAACGCCACAGUACAGGUGGUCAACCGAAAGAGGGCGCUGAGGAACGCUGAUGUUAUUAUACCCGGACAUGGCCUUCCGUUUAUGACCCACAGAAACCCCAAGGACUAUGACGGUUGGUGAUUGGAAAUCCAUGUACAAUAGAGGAUAAGAUAUUUACUGCCUGGUCAUGGCCAACACUAACCUACUUCUUGUCAAAGUCCUACAAUAAUUUGGAGUAGAGAAAAUAUCCAGGGAGGUCAUUACUGGUCUACUACAAUGUUCUACUUGUACAGUUAGUAGACCUACUUAGAAAUGUAGGCCUACUGAAGUAGUUUGGUUAUAAUAAAGACAAAGAAAAUAAUUGUGUUCAGAGUUUUUUGAUUCUGUACUUUGGUUUAGUACAGGUUUAUGUAACCAGAUAGGAACUUAUGAUCCAGGGCAAUUUAAAAUCAUAAAUGUCAUUGAUGUCAUAAUCAUGGUAAAUAGUUUCCACUGAUAAUAAUGAAUAAUCUACUGCCCUCGAUUGUGUGGUCUCAUUUGAAGUAACAUACGAGCAAGUUAACGCAAUAUUGACCGGAUUGAUAGGAACAAUAGCCGUUAAAGUAACUGCAAAGAUUUAGAAAGGGACUCUUUUCCUCUUUUGCACAUCACAUGUGUGCUUUCAAAUGUACAGGAUGCUUUCCUACGCCAUUCCACAAUUUCUCCUCUUUAAUAAAAGUUAA